UAACCGCAAAAAAUACGGCACUUCUCCUCCCAUCUGUAUUUCAAAAUUAACGCGAAUAUCGUGUUCUCAAGCAAGCUGACACUCAUCUUUAAUUUAUCCGAUUCAAGAACGAAAGGAUGACAUUACGUUUCGUUCAACUUGCGAUAUGUUCACAAUACAAUGAAACCCUUCAUUGAAAGGUUUCAUUCAUUCACAAAAUGUUUCAAUCAUUCUCGCCUGGUUGAAGUUUACAAAAAAUACAAUUCAAUAUCCGACCAUCUAAGCUUGCUAUUCGGAACAAACCCGCAUAAAAUAAACAAACAAGCGUUAUUUUAACAAAGAAUGUCGCAUUUCAAUGUUAUCUUGAACUAUGUCUUUUUAAUAAGGUUUUCUUGAAUAAAUCUGCUCAGAUUGAGUUGAACCUGUCUAGGGAGGAACAUCUUAGUAAAGCACUGUUUUUYUCAAGAAACGAAGUCGCGGUAAGUGAUUUGUUGCAAUGUCAGCUUUGAGUUAAAACCUCGCCUUAGGCUGUAGGUGCURAUCGUAACUUCCUCUUUUUGGAUGGAUGGUGUGAAUUUUAUCCUCUAAUUGGCAGUUCGAACAUUGAAAAGCUGAGUAAAUUCAUACCCUCCUAGCAGUUUUUGUAAWCAUAGCAAUAUCACUUUUUGGUAAACAGUAAAAAUGGCGUUUCAGAUCCUGUAUCCAUACAUAAACCAAGACGACAACARCGUCACUGAUUACUCRGAUAACGAAGAAGAAAAGCAACCAAUCAAAAUGGACAAAGRAUUAAAAAAUAUUAGCAAKMURCACAACAACCUCCCGCACAAAGACAAGAUGUUUCGGCCCGACGCCGUCUCWAGCAUUGCCGAAGGCAUUCUGCGRGAAGAAUUAUCAGAUUUYAAGUAUAAUCCGUGGAUGUGUCGACAAAAGUCGAAAGAAUUGAGUAACAAGAUUCGCGACGCAACCAAAGAUAUGGGCUUUGYCCGGUYCAAAAUAGUUUGCACCGUGAGUAUCGGGUCGUUAGGUGACCAAGGUCUCUACAUGGCAAGUAGAUGUUUAUGGUUUAGUGUGACUGAUGGUUCUGCUACCGCUGUCUURAGGAAUUCCUCUUUGUUUGCUGUGGCCAUCGUGUUUGGAGUUUAUACAGAAUAACCAACGCCAACAAUAUCUUUUGUGUUUUCUAAGCGUUUUCACUUGUGUUAAGU